CACUCACACACGCUCUCUGCACAAAAUAUCUUCUUCGAUUCGCAUCGCAGUUCACAAUCUAGGGUUUGAAAAUGUCGGGAAGAGGAAAGGGGGGCAAGGGUUUGGGGAAAGGCGGAGCCAAGCGCCACAGGAAGGUGCUCCGCGACAACAUCCAGGGCAUCACGAAGCCGGCGAUUCGCCGCCUCGCUCGCCGUGGCGGCGUCAAGCGGAUCAGCGGCCUCAUCUACGAGGAGACCCGCGGCGUGCUCAAGAUAUUUCUGGAGAAUGUCAUCCGUGACGCCGUGACCUACACGGAGCACGCCCGCCGGAAGACGGUGACGGCGAUGGACGUCGUCUAUGCGCUGAAGAGGCAGGGCCGCACGCUCUACGGUUUCGGAGGCUGAGGGUUUCGUAUUUGGCUGCGCCCUUUGUAUAUGCGUCAAAUGUGUUUUCAAUUUCUCGUUGCUAGUUUUACUGUGAUUUCGAAUUUGAAUUGGAUGUAGAAAUGUAGUAGUGCUGAGAGGUCCAAGGAUUUUUGGUUCAAUUCAAUCUACUAGUUUUUGGGGUUUUGAAGGA